UUUGCAAGUACAUUUGCCAUAAAGCGUGUGAAAGCAAGCACUCGAACGAUGCCACGAGCAAAAGUUCGACGAAAAAUAGAUCGACGAGGAUGACCAGCGGUGGGAGGAGAGCGGCGCGGCGCCCUCGGGACCAAUCCGCGAUGAGCGGAAUGGACCUGACGUACGUGACCGAGAGGAUGAUCGCCCUGUGGUUCCCCGGGGACCUCCCCCACUCGGCCUUCAUCGCCGGCCACCAAGAGGCCGCCACCAUGCUCCAGGGCAAACAUCCUGACAACUAUAUGGUUUUCAAUUUAUCAGAACCUCGUAGGAGUGUCAGGAGUCAUCACGACAGGGUCACCGAGCUGGGGUGGCCCCCCGAUCUGGCUCCGUCAUUAGAGAGACUCUGUACCGUCUGCAAGCAAAUCGACUCCUGGCUGGCAGGCAACCCGGCACGCAUAGCCGUUCUCCACGCAAGGGGGAAUAAGGAGCGCAUCGGCGUGGUGGUAGCCGCGUUUGCGCACUAUUCCGACAUUUGCGGAGGCCCCGACCAGGCCCUGGACCGAUUCGCAAUGAGACGGUUUCUAGAUUCUAAAAUUGGCGAUUUGGAGCAGCCAUCGAACCGCAGGUACGUGGACUACAUGGCCGGUCUCCUAUCUGCGAACAUCCGAGUGAACUCCGCGCCGCUGUUCCUGACGCACGUGACGGUGCUGGGGGCGCCGGCUUUCGAGCCCGGCAUGGGUGGCGGGUGCCGGGCAUUUCUCAAGGUCUACGAGGGGCUGGUCCCCGUCUAUACCUCGGGCGUCUACACCGUCACCGGGGACACCAAACAGUUCACCGUCAACGUCGCCGCGGAACGCCAGCGGCGAGGCCUUCAGCUCAGGGGAGACAUCCUUCUCAAGUGCUAUCAUAGACAUUAUUCUGGCAACCAGCGAGACAGCGGCACAGCUGACAGCCCGACAAGGUGCAGCAGCAACGCGAGCGAACCUCUGCCGCCGCUCAGAGAGCAAAUUUUCUCGUGCCAAUUUCAUACCUGUGCUAUAACGGACUACACUGUUAGCUUUACUCGUCAAGAAUUAGAUUCAGCCUGUCACGAUUUGAGGUUUCCGCUGGACGGUGCGGUGGAGCUCCACUUUUCGGCGACCCCCGAAUCGGUGCGUCUCCCGGCGCCAGCCCCGACCCCGGCGGUCCCUGUUGACUUGUCCACGGAUCCGGUCACCAGGUGGGACAGCUACGAGAAUCUGGCCGAUUCCCCCCUCGGAGAUACAGCCGAUACAGACACCGAAGACACUGCCGACGGGGAGGUAUGCCACACAUCGGGGCCGCUGGACGGAUCCCUGUACGCGACGGUGGGGAAGAAGGGCGGGCUCAUUAGCGGGCAGCAGCGCUCGUCUUCCAUGGACUCGGGGAUCUCCUCGGCGGGGAACGUGCUGAACACGACGGGGAGCCAGAACAACGCGAGCGCGAGCAACGCGUCCUCAUCGCCCCCGGGGGCCGACGCGGAUCAGCACCGCCAACUCGAGGAGCUCCUCAGCAACAUGCUCCUCACCGUGGAGAACAUCCCGGACCUGCCCGACCUUGCGCCGCUCCCGCCUCCGCCCGCCGCCAACGCCAACUCGCGGACGCCCGAGCGCCCAGUCAGUGCCAGUCCCGAGUCGGCGCCAGACCGCGAGUCCGGCAUCCGCUUCAUCGACGACGAUAUCCCUUAUCACGCCCGGCAGGACAGCCAGCCCUUCACCUACGGGGCCGUCCCCAAUGAGGCCAUGCUUCGCACCCAGAUAGCCACCGGGCUCUCCAGCCCCAGCCUCGUCCGCAAGGCCAGUUUCAAGGAUAGCCCGCCGAUCCCGGCCCCUGUUAUCACCAACGGGCAUGGGCACCACAACGACAGGCAGGCCCCCGUCCCUCCCAGGGAUUUCAAGAGGAGCCGAAGCAGCCAUGCCGUCGCCUCGCCCCCGAGGUCGCCCGAGUUCCACGAGGGGAACGUCGUGAGCGGGAGCAUGAACGGGACCGGGCACAACCUGACGUGGCUCCAGCGGCAGCAGCUGAAGCUGAAGGAGCGGAAGGAGGUGCAGAUCAGGAACGAGCGGCUGCCUUACGAGACCCGGCUCCUCUCGGAGCUGGUCCAUCACAAUAGGUACAAAAAGCCGAGCCCGAGCCAAAGGCUGGACGGGUACACGAGUGACACGACCCUCUUCUCCGGCGAGGACGAGGAGGACUUCUCCAUCCCGCUGCACAUCAACACGGCCGCCGGCCACCACAAGCAGCUCCAGAACGGGACCUCGACGCCCACCUCGCCGGUCCUCCCGCAUCGGACCACCUCCCGCGCCCAGAAGCAACAGUUCAGCGCCAUCAGCAACGGCAACGUCCACCGGCAAAAGCUCGACACUUUCGAGCGGCCUUUUGUCUCCGUCAAGCGGGCGCACGAGCAGCAGAUCAAAAAGUACGCCGAGAACGGCGAGCCUUCACCGUCGACUGGAUUACUGUCUGUGGUGGAAAGAAAUGGUAGUGAUCACCUAGCAUCCCUCAUUGCCACGCUAACUAGUCAUGAUACCUCAAGCUCUCCCACUUGGUUGCGGCACCAGAGCCGGCAUGAGAGUGUGGGAUCAUUGCGCACUGCUUCAAUCAGUGAUACGGAAUCAAGUCCACCGCACACUACAACGCCUCGACCUCAGACGCCAGCAUUCCCUGUCCAUCCUCGCACCCCUUACAGCAACAGCAAUGUCCACUUUGAUGCCUCGAGUUUGCCACCCAAAAGUCCUACCUCACAAAGACGAGCAGGCAUGGGUAAAAAUGUUAAGAAACCCUCUCAGAAUACCACAAGGUCUCGAAAAGACUGGUCUCCUCUUGCUGAAACGUUACAAAGGGAGCGUAACAUGAUGUCUGCCAGGAGUUACGAUAGCUCAUCAGAGACUCAUAGCCCGAAGAGUCCCGCGCUAACAAGUUUACAAAAUGGAAGCACCGGUCACUCAUCGCCAUCUGUAUAUUUUGGAACAUCACGGAGGUCAUCGACACAUUCUAAUAGCGAAACUACCCAUGAAGUUUCCCUUGCCAAUGUCAAUUUUGUCAGGGACACAUCCAAAUAUUGGUACAAGCCUAACAUGUCGCGGGAAGAAGCUAUUGCAAUGUUGAGGGAUAAACCUCCAGGUACAUUUAUUGUCAGGGAUUCAAACUCAUUUCCUGGAGCUUUUGGAUUAGUUCUAAAAGUUGCAACUCCGCCUCCAGGUUCAGUGAACAAAACUCCAAAUAGCGAUCCUUCGAAUGAACUUGUCAGGCACUUCCUGAUUGAACCGACUCCGAGAGGAGUUCGUUUGAAAGGUUGCGCCAACGAGCCUGUAUUUGGAUCAUUGUCAGCUCUAGUUUAUCAGCACUCAAUAAUGCCUCUUGCCUUACCAUGCCAAUUAGUGUUACCUGAAAUGAAUCCUGCAAGUUCGGUUGUUGAUGGAUCCAAUACGAUAAGCUCUGCACAACUUCUGCUGGCUAAUGGAGCAGCAUGUAACGUGCUCUACUUAGUUACCGUUGAAACGGAGUCUCUAACUGGACCACAAGCCAUUGUGAGAGGAAUUGGUGCUCUGUUCUCAAUGAACCCUUUGCCCAGGGCAACUGUCGUUCAUUUCAAAGUCUCUAGCCACGGAAUUACUUUGACAGACAAUAAAAGAAGAUUAUUCUUCAGGCGGCACUAUCCAGUAAAUACCAUUAGUUAUUGUGGCCUUGACCCUGGAGAUCAUCGAUGGAGUCAACAGAACGAUACUACCGGUCUUCCAACUAGUUCAAACCGCUGUUUCGGAUUCAUCGCACGAAAACCAGCCAGCCAAACAGAUAAUGAGUGCCACAUAUUUGCAGAACUGGAACCAGAACAACCAGCCACUGCUAUAGUAAAUUUUGUUUGUAAAGUUAUGAUGAAUAGUAAUUUGAAACCAAAUAUCGUAUGAGAAGAAAUACCCAAAUAUAUUGUAUUUUAUUCUUUGUUAAUAUUUUAAAAAUUUGUUGUGUCUUGAAGUAUUCUUUGAACUAUCUGACAUUACCAGUCAAUAAUACGGCUAUAUUCAAUUUUAAAUUCUUUAGAUAAAAACUGUUUUCAGAAUUGCUCUUAAUUAAUUAUCAUAUCAAAUAUAUAAAAAUGGGAAAACCAAGCGCUUGCAUACCUAAUUUUUACAUCUGCGGCGGGCACGCAAAACUUUAACUUUAAUUAAAUGACCUUUUAAUUCAAUCUUUCUCAAUGGCACAGCCCUUUAAAUGAAAAUGACGUUGAUUACUUAUCCUUUUUCUCAUUAUUCUUCAAAGUCUGGAGAACGGAAUGAAAUAAUUAUUUAAUGGCCUAUGUAGUUCUUGUUCAUAUUUUUUUUUUCACUCUUUUUCAUUUUAUACUACCUACUUCUUCACAAUCACCAUGAAAGUAACAACGAAGUAAUAAGUUCCACCAACUUUGAAGUAAUAAGUUCCACCAACUUUGUUUUCCGCUGUAAAAUCACAGGGCACAGGAUUAUUAUAGUUCCUGUCAAAAAAAUAUGAAAUUAUUUUUUACUCAGUUGACUUGUAUAUAUAUUCUAAUAGAGAUACUAUUGGGAGUAUAUAGAACCUCAUUACUAAGAAGAUGUGCAAAAUAAUAUGAUUUUUACGAAGUCAGCUGUUGCAAAACGAUGUAAAUAAUUAUUCACUUGUCUGUAACAUUGUUAAUAUUGCAUACAUUUUCCUUUGGUACUACACUUUGGCAUUCUCAGUACGACUUACUGUGAGUAGCGCUGAAGAUACCAAAAUGUGGAGGCGGCAAAAUGCGUACGCAUUAUUGAGGACUUUAUGCCCAAGUAGGUAUUUAUUUACAUGGUUUUGAACUUUUUUUUGUAUGGUUCUCUGUAGUUAUUUUAUUGAUUCAACUGUUAUUAUAGCUUUCAUUUUACUGAUUUUAGUAACUUGCUGUCUUCAAGUCCAUUUGAAAAAAAUUAUCAAAACAAAUUUCCUCUGAUUAAAUGGAGUUUCAGUCAAAAAUUUGUUAUUGAAUAACAUGUUUUGAAAUCAAAAUUUUAAUUGAAAUUAUAUUUCACGUGCUCAAGGCAGCAAUUCAGUUUAAAUCGCAAUUUUUAUUUACAUUCCAAAACAAGGUCAGCCUGUAGGAAAAUCAGAUGUAUGUGUUAGAUAAAAUGUUUCUCUUGUCUCUAUCUAUUUGAACAGCUAAUUAAAAAUUUAGAAUUUCAAUAAAUUUCAAUGAAAAAAAGGUUCGCCUAGUUAGAUGCUGAGCCUCAAAUCUGGAAUUUCUAAUAAUAUUUCUUGAGGAAAUACAAUUCCCUCCCCAAAGCUAUGUGAUUGCUAUGGAUUUAGCGGUGGAUCAUGCCCGGAAGAAGAUUUUAGAUCAUUAACAGUUAAAUUCAUAAAUAUUAGCAGGUUUUGAGAAGAAGGAUGUAAUAUUUUACAGAGAGAACCUAAUAUUCUUUCUCUUGGGCAACUUCUUUUUUUAAUUAUUGUCAUUAAUUGAAGAUAAUCUAUUUUUGUAACUCAUUUUCCUAGUCAGUACCUAUUAUUCUUUCUAUUGAAUUGCAAAUUCUGCAUUCUCUUUGCUGUUUGAAUAUGGGUUUCUAAGUGCUAAUAAAUUUCAACUCCAAUUUUCUGCAUAAUUUUACAUAACAAGAUGUCAAUUCAAAAUUUUUAGAAGAUUAAUAUAUUUAUUUGGAAUACUGACUCAUGUCUUGAAAGUGAACACAUUAGGAAAGAUUAUUUUUACCAUUUUGUUUGAUCAAGUACCGUUUUGUUCAGCAGUGAAAUGUAAUUGACCUAUAAAUCUUUUCCCACCCACUAAGCAAAGCCAGAAACAGUAUUUUCUAGUAACUACAAUGAAAGCUGAGAAAGAAACUAGUCAUUUUUUCUCUCGCUUUAACAUUACACAAUUUUCACAGUUAUUUUAUCAUAGUACAAACAAAAGUAAGUAUUUUGUUUUCAUAUCAACCAUGUACAUAUUCACUAAAGUUGUAAUCUGUUAAUAAAUGUUUGUAAAGGUAUCAAAGUUAAUUUUACUCAUCCGUUGAAUGUUGUCUGUAUAUUUAUGCAUAUUGAAAUUUAAAUCAAAUUGUUGUAAUAAAAAAGUAUUAUUAUUCAUAAGAAAAUCUGUGUAAAAAAUAAAUAAAAAAAGUCUCUGUUUAAAAAAAAAAAA